UCUCUCUCUCUCUCUCUCUCUCUCUCUCUCUCUCUCUUUUCUCAAACGCAAAAUUAAACACCGAAUUUGAAGAGAAUUCAAUUCAAAUUCAAAAAUCCCGAUUAAUUAACGUUGCAAAUUCGAGUUUUUAGCAUCAGUUAAUCAAUUAGUUAUCAAUGGCGGAAACACUAGAUCAGGUGGCCUCACCGGAGCUCACGAAGCCGCGCCACGUGGUGCGGAAGUUCCAGGCGCGGCCGCAGCACGAAGGAGUCGGAGCCGUCGUUAGGAGGAGCAUCGGAAGGUUCGAGCUCAAGUACUUCGAUCCAUUCCUUGCUUUGGAUGAGUUCUCAGUUACUGCUCCAGCUGGAUUUCCUGAUCAUCCCCACAGAGGAUUUGAAACUGUCACUUACAUGCUAGAGGGAGCAGUUACUCAUGAAGAUUUCGAAGGGCACAAGGGCACGAUAAAGGCCGGCGACCUGCAAUGGAUGACGGCCGGGCGCGGGAUCGUGCACUCGGAGAUGCCGGCCGGCCCGGGCACCUCCAAGGGCCUCCAGCUUUGGGUCAACCUCUCCUCCGCGAACAAAAUGAUCGAGCCAAGAUACCAAGAGAUACAGGGCAAGGACAUAGCAUCGACCUCGAAGAACGGAAUCGCGGUCCGCGUUAUAGCGGGCCGGUCCAUGGGCCUCCAAUCCCCGGUCUACACGCGGACGCCGACCAUGUACUUGGACUUCACUCUCAAGCCGUUGGCCCACCUCCGGCAGCCCGUCCCGCCGGCGUGGAACGCGUUCGUAUACACCCUCGAAGGCGAGGGUGUCUUCGGCGUGGAAAGAUCCGGCCCGGUCGGCCCGCACCACCUUCUCCUAUUGGGCCAGGGUGAUGGGCUCGAGGUGUGGAACAAGUCGGCGAAGCCGGUUCGGUUCGUGCUCAUCGGCGGCGAGCCGUUGGGCGAGCCGGUGGCCCAGCUAGGGCCGUUUGUGAUGAACACCGAAGAGGAGAUCGAUCGGACGGUCGACGAUUUCCAAUAUUACACCAAUGGGUUUGAGAAGGCCGAGCACUGGAGAUCAGAGGCCAUGGUGGGCUUCCAAGUUUGAUCCAAAAAGAACAUAAUUUAGGGCAUACCGCAUAGGACGUAGAAACACACUAAUGAAAGGAAAUUUUAAAAAUAUAUAUAUAUAUACAGAUGUUCUUGUAUUCUUAAUUGCCCACAGAAGACACACAAGAGAAAGAGAAAGAGAAAGAGAAAGAGAGAGAGAGAUCACAAGUUGUAGUUUCAUUAUUUCUCUUAUUGAUUGAAUAAAUUGGAAAAUUUGUUGCUGUAUGAUGCA